ACAUCCGACUUUAAGAGAAUUUUGUAAUAAUAAUUUUUUUGACGUAAAUCCCAAAAUUUCAGAGAAAAUUGCAUUUUUUCGAUAGUUGGAAGUGAAAAAUCCACCUGAAAAGCAUCAGAGAUUGCGGAGGAACUCCUUGGGAAUCCAUCUGAGUAGAAGGAAUUUGCAUUUAUCCAAGGAUUAAGGUUGGAAAUAAGUAAAAUUGGGGAAUCAUGCCGGUUCCAUCGGGAGUUUAUCAUUCAUCUUCCGGACCUUCCUGCUUUGAUAAAAUGAAGACUGGCUUUGGGAUUGGAUUCUGCGUUGGCCUAGCCAGUGGGGCACUCUUUGGUGGCUUCUCUGCUCUCAGAUACGGAUUGCGUGGCCGGGAGUUGAUAAAUAACGUGGGGAAGGUGAUGCUACAGGGCGGAGGCACAUUUGGUACAUUUAUGGCAAUUGGCACGGGAAUACGGUGUUGAGAACGUCUCCAAUGGAAAGAAAUCACCUUUAGUUUGUAAAUAAAUGAGGAAUUAAAAGUUUUUGGGCUUCAAAUCUA